CACGGAGAGUCAGCCACUCGGGAAUGGAGACCUCGUUCAGAUGGAAGCAAAGGCGGCGCAGCAGACAGCUCUGAGAGGCAUUGGUCAUUGUGCCCCGCACUGGAGUCGAAGGAGGCCACGGUUGCCCCCGCCCUACCCUCGCGGAUAAAUAUCGUAUAUGGCCGCCUGGUCCGCCUCGCUCACGCUACACGCCAGCGCCCCUCUCCGCCAGCCAAGGUUGGCCAGUGUGCCUUGCUCCGCUGCCUCGCAAGCUUUCCGCACGGCUCGCACGCCGCUCAAGCGAUUGCCAAGCUACCGGCACGCAAGCGCGGUAGGGGCCCGAGAUAGGCGACAGGCACGACCGCAGGCGCCCUUCUGCGCCCUGCUUUCCGUCUGCAAGAUGGCGCAGUACUCCACCCGCUCCGAUGCUGGCGCACCAUCCGUAACGCAGAUCGCCACGCACAAUCAGUAUCAUUCGGACGGCAUCGAUACCUCGUCACUCUUGCCUUCGCCGAUCGCCCAAUUCAACAAGUGGUUUAAGGAAGCGCUCGACCGCACCGAUGUUCAAGAGCCGGAAGCCAUGACGAUCUGUACAGUCAGCCUUCCUCCAUCGUCAUCGUCCGACUUCGCAUCGGCGCACUCGUCCUGGCGCGGGGCAGAGACGAAUGCGGCGCCGCGUCCCUCGGCGCGCGUCGUCCUGCUCAAGGGCGUCGACCCUUCCGGCUUCGUCUUUUACUCGAACUACACCUCGCGCAAAGGCGAGGAACUGGCACGCAACCCGUGGAUCAGCGCCACAUUCUACUGGCGCGCGCUGCACCGCAGCGUGCGCAUCUGCGGCAAGGCCGAGCGCGUCACCAAGGCGGAAAGCCAGGCUUAUUUUCAUUCGAGGCCGAUUGGCAGCCGCAUCGGGGCGCGCGCCAGUCCGCAGAGCCGAGUGAUCAAAGACAGGGAGCAGCUCGAAGCGCUGGUCCGGGAAGAGGAGCAAAAAUGCAGCGUUCCUGGUGCAGCGGGGCUGAACGGGGAAGAAGUCAACGCACCGGAUGCAAAGAUCGAGGUGCCUCACUACUGGGGCGGUUACCGAAUCAUUCCCGAUGAAGUAGAAUUCUGGUGUGGCCGGAACAACAGACUGCAUGAUCGGUUUAGAUACACCCGCGCAAAUAUGGACAAAGCUGCCGAUGAGGACCAAUGGACCGUCGAGCGGCUUGCACCAUGAUCCCUACAAUAUGGAAAUAGUCAGAAGCGCAUGUGCGCAUCUAAAAUUGGGGGAAUAUCAAUGAUAAC